ACACGUGACUUAAGCCUCGAGUGUCUUCCAAGUUCUCUUUUACAAUUAUUAUUGUGACCAUCAUGAUCAUGUUUUUUGGAUCUGUGCAGGAUUUCAGGUGAACAUUCGCACCAGAUCACAACAGACAUCGAAAGACUGGAGGGAAGCUGAGGCACCAAUCGUUGUGUCGAGGUCUGGAUAAGACUUAUCUUGAAACACCUGUGAGCCUGGAGCCAGCCUUCCGCCAUACGUUCCGUUGCCUUUCCUCGGCAAUAAUAGCCUAGGGUCAUGUGGUUUGUUACUCCCCUGUCGAUACUGUCUGACCUCUAAGCGAUAACGCGCACCUACUAUGACUAGAAAAAUUUUCGUUGGAUUCGGCGUAGAUGUUGACGCUGUGGCUGGUUGGCUUGGGUCCUAUGGAGGAGAAGAUUCGCCAUUGGACGUCUCUCGAGGCAUGUAUGCGGGAGAAGUUGGAGUGCCUCGUCUUCUGAAGUUGUUUGAUAAGUAUAACAUCAAAACAACCUGGUUCAUUCCCGGUCAUAGCUUGGAGACAUUUCCGAAGCAAAUGGAAGCAGUUCGAGAUGCUGGUCAUGAAAUAGGACUUCAUGGAUACUCCCAUGAGAACCCUGUCUCUAUGACUCUGGAACAACAGCGAGACAUUUUGGACCAUACCUUUGAGCUUCUUACGAAAUUCAAUCACGGUAUCCCUCCGAAGGGCAGUGUCGCCCCUUGGUGGGAAACCAGUAAGGAGGGGUCGGUGUUGUUACUAGAAAAGGGCAUUGAAUAUGACCACUCCAAUAUGUGCCACGAUUCGCAAAUGUAUUAUCUUCGUGAUGAAGAUACGUGGACAAAAAUAGAUUAUCAGGCGAAAGCUCAAACGUGGAUGAAGCCGCUGCAAAGGGGCAAAGAGACUGGGCUCGUUGAGAUCCCAGCUAACUGGUACCUUGACGAUCUUCCCCCUAUGAUGUUCAUCAAAUCAAACUCAAACUCUCAUGGUUGGGUCAGCACUCAAGCUGUUGAGCAGCUUUGGAAAGAUACAUUCACUUACCUAUAUAGAGAAGAGAAGGAUUUUGUAUUUCCCAUCAGCAUCCACCCGGACGUUAGCGGUCGUCCACACGUACUUUUGAUGCUGGAGAGUUUUAUCGAAUGGGUCAAUACUCACGAUGACGUCCAGUGGCUAACUUUUUAUGAAAUGGCUCAAGAUUUCAGGGCCACGCACGAGCCAGCACCGGGCGCCGUCAUGCCUAAGGGCUUUAAGAAGGCCUAAGCUUGUCUGUACAAUGCAAUACGUUUUUCGCGUUGAGAUGUCUUCAGGCACUGUUGAAUGUUUACUAGUGAUUUGUAUCAACUUGUUCUUGCGACUUCUACGUUUCGAAAUCCAUUGCGAUGACUUGCGAUGGCCCAUAUCGAUUGCAUCAUGAUGCAUGAUGGCUUACAGGACUGCAAUAAACUCUUUUGACCAAAAGCACCG